UAUUCCUGACUGGCCUGCUGUGUAGACUUGAGGCCACUGGCAGUAGGUGACAGCCCAGCUGAGGUUAAUCGAAGUCUCAUCCAAGGGGCUCUGCUGGAAGUCUGACCUCUUAGCCUCACAUCUUUGCAGAAACCUUCCCUAUCUCAGCUUCCUCAGCUGGUCAGGGAGAUAUGAUCCAGAGCUAGAAGCCUUCAUAAUCUGAGCAGUGUUCAUGGAGGUCACCAUGUCCUGGUUCUUGGUCCUGAAGAGCCUCCUUGCCGUCUGCAUCAUCUCUCACUUAUCUGUCAGCUCUGUGGAGAGUUAUGCUUGUAUACAAGAAGAACCACCCUUUAAUAAAGAAUGCUAUCCUAAUUCAAGCACGUGUGAAUCCUCUAAAGGUUGUUUCUCCCAAUGGCUGGAAUUGGGAGUGAAGAGGCAUUUGACAUUGAGCUAUGACCAUCGCUGCUGCUACACUGAACACUGUAACAAAGAGCCCAUUAAGGUGCCUGCAUUAUCUUCAGAACCCAAUGGCGUUGAAUGUCCUGCCUGCUACAGUGAAUGUGGCACAUGUAGACCUGUUUUACUAAAGUGCACGGGGGAGGAGACGAUGUGCGUUAAGGCUACUAGCAGAGGAACGGAAGAGAACCAAGACAUCAUUAAGAUAAAGUCAUGGGCUGUGCGACCAAGACUGCCUGCAACCUGAAGAACUUGACCAUCACAGAUAAUCUUAAAUUUGAUACCUCCUGUGUCAAUGGGAGCCCUCUGCUCAGGCCUAUCCUAUCUGUUUUGACGAGUCUUUUUCUAAUGAAAGCCUUGCUUUGAUCCUUUGGGGACUGCCACUCCCAUGAUCUUUCACAUUUAAACACACCCACAACCUUUGGUGACUCCUUUACCCAACAGAGGAUAUAUAAAAACCAGUGGUUGAUUGAGACUCCUUCUUUUUUCUUUCUGGACACAGAACAUUUCAUGAGACUGAUCUCUUUCUUGUCCCUAUUCACACCCUCAGCCACACACCCCAGGGAACAGCCUUUUACAGUAUUAACAAUUUACACUCUUAAUUUGCAACUGUCCAUUGCUAAUGAAAAGAUUUAUUUUUAUUUUUUUAUCUUUUUUUGAAAGGCUCUCACUAUGUACCUCUGGCUAGCUGUAGUUCCCUGUGUGGAUAAAGCUGGCCUGGAACUGAGAGUUCGACCUAUCUUGAGGCAGCUGGUUAUGUCACACCUACAGUCAGGAAGCAGAGGCAGGAGAGCAUGGAUGCUCAGCUUGAUCUCUCCCCUUUGUUCACUCCCAGACCCCAGCUCAUGAACUGCUGCCACUCGUGUCCAUAGUCCCAACUCAAAGACCCAACAUAGAAACUUUCACAGAUAAGCUCGGAGAUUUGUCUUCAGGGUGAUUUAAGUUGACAAUCACUAUAAACCAUCAUGGCAGGAAACAGACCAGGGGAUAAAACAGUCCCAUUUCCUAUAGUAGGGAAGAUCCCAGAAUUCCAGACAGGCCACCAGAAUGGUCAAGUUAAAAGGUUACUUUGCAUUUUACUUGUCACUUUGCCUUCUGUGGAAUUUAAAUAAGAAUAGCUCUCAUAGGCUCACAUGUUUGAAUACCUGGAUCCCAGUUGGAGGGACUAUUUGGGAGGGAUUAGGAGGUGUAGUGGUGGGGUUUGAGAGACAUUCAUUAUUAGCUCUCUGCUUCAUGGUUGUUGUUUCAAGAUA